UUCACUCCGUUUGCUCAGCACACAAACAGACCCAGAGCGCACUCAGGAAAACUUUUCCCUAGCUGCGCUUCUCACAGAUGGAACAGGUGGAAGCUGUCAGAUAAGGUAUGACGGAGGUUGACUCAUCUCUCGACCUGAGCCACCUGACAGAGGAGGAGCAGUCCUCCAUCCUGCAAGUCCUACAGCGGGAUUUGGAGCUGCGUAAUCUCGAUAAAGAACGCAUAAGGAACCUUGAGCAGACGGAAAGCAACUCAUCACGCCUGCGCCUCCUUUCUGGAGAAUGGUUCAACAAGGAGUGCAGCAAACGCCACCACAGGUGGACUUCAGGCUGUGAGCUUAUUCGAGCCUCCAUAUGCCACAGGAAGACAAAGAGUAGAGAUGUGAACCUGAAUGAACUGUUCACUGGAGAGAAGGAGGAAACUCCCUUGAACAGCUUCCCUCCUCAGACAAAAGAGAGACUGCAGGAGAAUAAAGAAGAGGAAAGCGAAGGGAGUGAGGAAAAUUUGACACCUGACUUCCCACUGAGACCAGAAAGACCAGUAGAGCAUGUUUUGAAUAAUGCAAACAGCUCUUCUCCAUCCAAAGAGUGUGAAACGCGAAGUAAUGGCCACUCGGAAGAACCUGAGGAAGACAUUUUUGUGGGUCUCAACGGGGACUCGGACUUCACCAGCAGCAGCCUGGCGGAGCCAGAUCCGGCUUAUCUGAAAACCAGCAGCUCCAACGGCAGUCUGCGUUCGAGCCACAUGCUCGGUGGAAGCAUGAUGAGUCUGUUCAGCUCGGGGGAUUUCGGAGCGGUGGAGGUGAGGGGCCGCAUCCAGUACUCGCUGGUUUACGACAAUGACAGGGAGGAGCUGCAGGUGAGAGUGUAUCGCUGUGAGGACAUCGCUUCAGCCCGCAAGAACCGCUCCGACCCAUACGUAAAGACCUAUCUCCUGCCGGACAAGUCGAAUCACAGCAAGAAGAAGACGUCCGUGAAGAAGAAAACACUGAACCCGGUCUAUGAUCAGACGCUCAGGUAUAAACUAAAAAUUGGGGAGCUGCGCAGUCGGACAUUGAACCUCUCUGUGUGGCACGCCGAGCCUCUGGGAAGAAAUAUCUUCCUGGGGGAGGUGGAGGUGGCCCUGGGGCUCUGGGACUGGACCUGCACGGAGCCCCUGUGGCAAGAUCUGCAGCCACGGGUUCAUGUGAGUCAAGAGUCAAUCAGCAUCAGAGGGAACAUCAUGCUGUCUAUCAAAUUUGUUCCUGAGGGGUGUGAGGGUGGAGGUCUGCCUUUGACAGGAGAGGUUCACAUCUGGCUCCGAGAGGCUCAAGGUCUCCUGUCUAAGAAAGGAGGUGCUAUAGACUCCUUUGUGAGAAGCUACAUCCUCCCAGAUGUCAGCCGGCAGAGCGGUCAAAAGACGCGGCUGGUCAAGCGCUCCUUCAGUCCAACGUACAACCACACUAUGGUCUACGACGGCUUUCAAACCAGCGACCUGAGGGAGGCCUGUGCUGAGCUCACAGUCUGUCAAAAGGAUGGGCUGAAGACGAACGUUCUGGGAGGGAUUCGUCUGAGCUGUGGAACUGGUCAGAGCUAUGGCGAGCCCGUCAGCUGGAUGGACUCCACGGAGGACGAAGUCGCCCUGUGGACCUCCAUGAUCGAAAACCCAAACCGCUGGAUCGACACCACCCUGCCGAUCAGAACUAACCUCACACAGCGGUCUGUGUGACCGGAACAUCCUGCACUCAUGUUCUUGUUCAAACAGCUGUUGGACUGAUGGGAGACCCCCUCCUUUGUUAUUGGCACAUAUAACCUCUUUGUUUUUAUGAUAUAAACAGACACUCACUUAAAAUAAAGUCAGAAGUUGUGCAAUAUUCUUAAUAAAUAACCCACGUGUGUCUGCAGAUGUUUCUGCAUUUUAAAAUGUAUUUUGCUUGUUAGAUAAGUACAAAAGAAAAAAAGAAAAAUGCAUUCUAAUCAAUUGUAGUUUAAUAAUUAAACAUGAAAUGUAAUCACACUUGUUAUGGCUUGAAGCUUAAAAGUAAAAAUGCAGUUUUUUAGUUGGAUAACAGCAGACACACAGUGUUAAUGUUCUGUUUGUAUUUGUUUGAAGGUUGCUGCAUUACUGUGAAUUAUUCUUUGAGCCUGUAAGUAAAAAAUAUAUAGUUUUG